AUGGGCAGAGCCAGCAGCGGCAGCGGCGGGCCAUUUAAAUCGGAUGUCAUUGCCAUUUUACAGCCACUUGCCGAGGCGAUUGGCUCCGGGCCAGAUGCGUUCUGCAGCAGAGCUAGAGAUCGAGGCCACCUGAGGCACCCAAGGGAGCCGCCAGGGCCCAGCAGCCCUCUCAAGGGAGGCUCACAAGGCGCAAACACUUGUUAUUCCAAUGAACAAUUUGCCCAGAGAACUGGAAGACCAUCUCUGGAAGUGUUUAAGGUGACACUACUGUAUACUUUUCUUCACAUGAGGCACAACUUGAAAUAUUUUGAUAAAAUGAGAUGCUUGCGGAAACGAUCAGCAGUGUCAUUCUUAGGAGUCCUUGUCAUUUGCUUGCUGUUCAUGAACUUGUACAUUGAAGAUGGUUAUGUUUUGGAAGGGGACAAGCAAUUAAUCAGAGAAACAGCCACGCAUCAGCUCAACCCAGAGCGCUAUGUUCACACUUUUAAAGAUUUGUCUAAUUUCUCAGGAUCUAUAAACAUUUCCUAUCGCUACCUAGCUGGCACGCCUUUGCCAAGAAAAAGGUAUCUUACAAUUGGGCUAUCCUCUGUGAAAAGGAAAAAAGGAAACUACUUGCUUGAGACCAUCAAGUCCAUAUUUGAGCAGUCAAGUUAUGAGGAACUUAAAGAAAUUGCAGUGGUAGUGCAGCUUGCAGAUUUUGAUUCUGCCUGGUGUGAAGGAAUGGUCCAGGAUAUUUCACAGAAAUUUGCACAUCACAUAAUUGCAGGUAGACUAGUAGUUAUUCAUGUCCCUGAGGAGUAUUAUCCAGUUCUGGAUGGACUCAAGAGAAAUUACAAUGACCCAGAAGACCGUGUGAAGUUUCGAUCCAAACAAAAUGUUGACUAUGCUUUCCUGCUAAACUUUUGUGCUAACUUGUCUGAUUAUUAUGUGAUGCUAGAAGAUGAUGUUCGCUGCUCAAAGAACUUUUUGACCACUGUUAAGAAAGUAAUUACUUCACGAGAAGGAUCCUACUGGGUGACUUUGGAAUUCUCCAAACUGGGGUAUAUUGGAAAACUUUACCAUUCCCAUGACCUUCCACGCCUGGCCCAUUUUUUGUUGAUGUUUUACCAAGAAAUGCCUUGUGAUUGGCUACUGAUCCACUUUCGUGGUCUGUUAGCUCAAAAGGAAGUGAUACGUUUCAAACCAUCACUGUUCCAGCACAUGGGAUACUACUCAUCUUACAAAGGAGCUGAAAACAAGCUGAAAGAUGAUGAUUUUGAAGAGGAAUCAUUUGAUAUCCCUGACAACCCACCUGCAAACUUGCACACCAACAUGAAUGUAUUUGAAAACUAUGAGGCAAGUAAGGCUUACAGCAGCACUGAUGAGUACUUCUGGGGCAAAGCUCCUUCUACUGGGGACUUCUAUGGGAUUGUAUUUGAAAAGCCCAUUAAAAUCACUAAGAUUAAAGUUGUCACUGGAACUGAAGACCGGCAAAAUGACAUUUUGCAUCAUGGGGCCCUGGAAGUAGGAGAAAAGAUUGUAGGGAGUAAAAAAGGGAGACAAUGCACUACUUACCUGAGACUAGGGGAAUUCAAAAAUGGGAACUUUGAAAUGACAGAUGUAGAGCACAAAGUUAUGUUCAAUAUUAACUGCAUGAGAAUACUUGUUACCAAAAGUCAGAAAGAGUGGCUAAUCAUUAGGAGCAUUAGCAUCUGGACUUCUCAAACAUCAAAUCAAUAA